UGGAAGCUCGUUCGUAUCAGAGCAGAUAAGUUACUUCCAAGAUAAAGUGAAUGGAACACGCGGCAUAAAAUAUGUGACAAGUGCGCUUACAAUCAGUGUUCCUCAAUCGUGCGGUGUGUGAGGAGUUAAAAACGGCUUUUAACUCAGUUUGCCUGAAGUGCAAGACGUGUAUGAUGUGCUGUGGUACGGCGAUCGUUUGCAGGACUCUGGUUUCGGAAUCAAGGCUGAAACAGAUGAGUGAUAUUAUACACGCUCUACUUGAGUAAUGUCAGAAGUAUGGAACGAGUUUACACUAACAAUGACGGUGGUCUUCCACCGGGGGGUUCCACUCCAUCGUUCGCUGCUGUUCAGUUUGUCCUGAACACAGACAAAGGACGAUCCACCCUUCAUGGCAGCUCGUACCAUCUUCGACUCGGAAUGGUUAUCAUCCUCAGGGCCUUUAAAAUGCACCGGCAGGACAGCGGGUUCGGCUUUACGAUGGCAAUGGAGGUUCCUGCCGCCGGAAAGUUUGACGACAUUAUGUACCAUUAUCGGUCGUCGGUCCGACAGGCCUCCGGGACCUUAUUCAUACAGGCGAAACAUAGACAAAUUGCAGAUAGUGAGGACAGUCCGUCUCAAAAAACCACAAUGAAGCAUCGGGAAGCAACGCAAAGCAAGAAUAUGGCACUAACAGAGGAUGUUUUAUUUGAAACGUGGGACUCCAACGCAUCAUUUUCGAUUCCGAUGUAUUUUAUGUCAUUUCUCGAAGUCGAUCAACACCUUCCAGAGGACGCUCGGUACGUGCUCUGUACGAAUGCUGCCCUUGAUAAGAGCAUCGAAAGCUUCUUUACGACAAACCAGCAAGAGGACGCCGUUCUGUUACAGCUGUGCGACGACAUAGGAGCCACGUGUUAUCAGUUUGAUCGCGAUAAACCGUUCCCAAAUCUGGCUGAUACGCUGAGAGACUCGUGUCUAGCUAAAUUGGGAAAGCUUAUCGCGCUGCACAUGAUGAAAGACGUUCUGAUCAAGUUCAAUGACGCGUUAUUCAACACUUUCGCUGGCUUGAUAAGCGAAUGUCUGAGGCCAUUGGAAAAGGAAAAGGUCGAAUCAUCUGAAAUCUCAUACACGAUCAAGGAAGAUGACGAGCCUGCAGAUCCAUCCACCCCAGCCGGAAAGCUUCUGACUGCGUUCAAAAGAGAAUACGACAUGAUGAUAGAAAAAAGUAAGCAAAAGAAGGAUGUAACACGCCAAUUAAAAAUCAGGGUUGAUAGAAACUCUUUCGCCAAUGCUCUUAGCGCAGGUGAUUCAGAAUGGAGCGCAAAGUUCAAUGUGAAAUUGCACAGGUUUUACGAAAAAUUUGUGCUCGUAUGUAACUCCUUGAACGAAGAAAAGCUACGUACACAAGCUAUGACGCUUUUGCCGGAGUGGUGCAAUGCCGAACAUGGCACGGUGCUGGACAAGCUGCAGGUAUUACUGUUUGAGGCAAUGAAGAGUACGAAACCCGUCCCGGUCGACUUGAAGUUUGUGAGGGAGAAGUUUAUGGAAAUAGAGCUCAAGCCGAGCAUUUCGCUUGUGAAAAGUAGAUCCAACGAAUAUUUUACCGGCUGGAUUAGGGAACAUCCUCACAUAAAAAUAGAUCCAGAUCGUUUAAGGCGCUCUGAGCUGAAUAGUUUUAUUGCUAGCAAGAAUGCUGGAGGAAUGUAUGAGUUCAAGUGCUCUCUGAAUAUGGAUGUAAGCUCUCUUAUUGUAGAGCAGACGCUAUCAUUACAUCAGUAUGAGACACUGUUCAUUGACAGUGCUUUAUAUCAUGAGAAAAAGGAAAUGUUGAAUAUGCUGCAUGACGUAUUGUCUUACCUGCGGGAUGUAGAACAUCCAACUAUCAAGCUGAUAACAAUUCGAGGGAGAUUUGAGCAAGAAAAUCUAUGCGAAAUCAAGAAUCUAUCUGAACGUUACCAUCAGAAAGUAGUGAUUGUAAUGGAGACGGGAAUCGCUGAAAACUUUGAACAUGAGAAUCAAAUAAACUUAGGAACAGUUGUAUCAUACAGUUCGAAAAUUUCAAACAUAGUACAUGAAAAUCUCUCUAAGAACAAUAAGAAACUGUCCGACUACAACGAUCUGAAAGUAGAAAGGUUUACUAUACAUGAUCUUACAGGCGAAGCAAAGAAACAGUUGUACCGACAAUAUGCGUAUCACGUCAUCUUUGAAACAGUUAUCCCUCUAGCCAGUAUUAUAAACGAAGAAGAUGAUUUGAGCUUUUUGUUGAACGUGUUAGAGCUUUUCCGCCAGCCUGAAAAGAUGGCUAGAUACGAUUCAAUCGAACACAAUUAUGAGCAAAUUAAACCCUGGUACAUUCACCGCCAAUUCGUAUCAUUGGGAACCCCGCCAGAGAAGGAGAACAUCAUACGAAAUGACAACGUAACGUAUAGUGCAAAUCCGUUUGAGCAGCAAGCAGAAGUUCCUUUUGCAGACCUGGCUAAAUAUGUUCUUCAUAAUGAUAAGGACACUAUGUCAGAUGUAAAGAAGACUCUAGCGUUGAGCGAAGAAACACAAGAUCCUCCUGGUUGCCGGGAUGGCGAAAAUGAUGGGAAAGUGUACAUUUUCCUAAACGAUGCUGGAGCGGGCAAGACCACCUACUUCACCUGGCUGGCCUGGCGCUUGUCAACGUACGAUCGGUCGCUGUAUGUAAUCAAACUGAUCGCAUUGGAAUAUUCGACAGAUUUCGAACGUUUGGAAGAAUGCGGAGUAGACCAUUGGAAUGACACACAGAUCGUGAGGCUUCUGUAUCGUUUCAUUCACCUGGCGCUGUUUGUUCCGAGCGUCUGCAGGCGUACGAUCGAAGAGACGGAUGUCCACAGAGCUGAGGCCGAUCGAUGUGCGGAACUGAUCAGCCUGUCAAAUGGACGAAUAGUGCUCGACGAGACAAAGACAAAAGAUCUGACAGUGAUGCAACUGAUCGAGCUACGGUUGUUUCGAGAGAAGUUUAAUCAAAACCAGCUCGUACUGAUCCUCGAUGGGUUCGAUGAGAUCGCCCCUUACUACAAGGAUGUGGUGAUGAAGUGUUUCGCUCGUUUCGCUCAGCUAGAUGGUUUACGAAACCUGUACAUAUCCAGCCGUCGGUAUGGAUUUGAAGAAGCAUUUCAGCAAACAUUUAGCGACUUCAGUUUGUUCCAGUUGACGAAAUAUUCCAAGCAUGACAAGAUAUUAUCUCUUCACAAAUUUCUCCUCUCUAAUUACAGUGAUUACAUUCGUUGCGAUUGGGAUGAUUGGGUGCACUUACUCACUGUACUUUAUGUGAUUGUUGACGAUGCUCUGGCCGAUCUGGCAACUGUACCCCUUUGGCUACACACCGGGCUGGUUAUGCUACUACCUUUAACAAUGAAGUUUGUAAAUUUCGAUUCCAAAUCGAUCUCGAAACGUAUUUUUGCGCAAACAAAACUAGACGCACUGCAUCUGGUGGAAGGCUUUAUCGACAAACAGUUGACCAACUACAUCACAAGCAAAACGGGGACAACUAAUGCCGCUGCUAGAACGGUUGCGGCGCGAAGCAAUAAGGCAAGGAUGCUCAAACUGCUCAAAGAGCAGCUCAUGCUAUUGGCCAUGUACGCUAUGCUAGAUUGCAACGGCAGAGACCAACUGCUGUCUAUUGAAGAACAAGCUGAAGCUGUGGAAUUCAUUGAAAAGGUAGCCGAAGGCCAAGAGUUGCUGGGCAUUGUGGAAGGCGUGCGAGAUGGCGUGCCUCUGUUUAGAUAUCGACUAUUUGCUGAAUAUUUUGCAGCUUGUUGGUUGUUCGAAAACGAGCCAUGUGUGGGUGAGGAAAGUGUUCUUCAAUCGCCGUCAUUUUUUACAGAAUCUUUUGAGCAAGUGCAAUUCUUUUACAACCAGCUUUUGGAAAGAUAACGUGAGAUCAAACGACCGACCUAGGGCGAUCAUGCCGGCCAAGCCAGCAAGUGUGAGUUAUUUGUAUUGCAAAAAGCGAUCGUGUAAUCGGUUUCAGGCCUAUGUGA